CCUUCCUGCAGGACUCCAGAGCUCUGAAAGAUCUGCUGACCUGAACCUCCUGACUCCUCGUGAGCUGCUGGAUUUCUUCUUCUUCUUCUUCUUCUUGGACUUGGAUAUCACAGACACUUGGAUUGCUUCUUUUGUUGGAACCUUUUUAAGCUUUUUGCUGCUGAACCUGAAGCAUGCAGUCCAUCAGAGACUUGAAGCCCAACUUCAGCGGCCCUCCUCCCUCCUCGAUGGCUCCCGGCCCUGACGCCUAUCUCCAGGGGAACAUCAGGAUGACCCUGGAGGACCCUGAGCUUUGGAAAACCUUCCAUGGAAUAGGAACAGAGAUGAUUAUAACUAAACCGGGCAGGAGGAUGUUCCCGCACUGUAAAGUGAAUCUUUCCGGACUUAUUCCAUGUGCAAAGUACAUCUUACUGGUGGACAUGGUGCCUGAGGACGGCUUCAGGUACAAGUGGAAUAAAGAGAAAUGGGAGGUGGCAGGAAAAGCGGAGCCCCAGCCUCCCUGCAGGACGUACCUCCACCCGGACUCUCCGGCUCCGGGGAGCCACUGGAUGAAGCAGUCGGUCUCCUUCCUCAAGCUGAAGCUCACCAACAAUACGCUGGACCAGCACGGCCAUAUCAUCUUGCACUCCAUGCAUCGAUACCACCCACGCUUCCACAUCGUCCAGGCCGACGACCUCUUCAGCGUCCGCUGGAGUGUUUUCCAGACCUUCACUUUCCCCGAGACGUCCUUCACGGCCGUCACAGCGUAUCAGAACACCAAAAUCACGAAGCUGAAGAUCGACCACAACCCGUUCGCUAAAGGUUUCCGGGAUGAGGGCACAAAUAAAAAGAGACGUGCGACCAAGAACCCAGCCUGCCUCGAGAAACGAUCCAGGAUGUCGGACAUGAACAGGGACUCCGAGGAGGACAGUCCACCAGAUUUCUGCCGGUCAUCGUACGAAGGUUAUGACGGCGAGGAGGGAGACCUGCCCAAACGGAAAGAGGGCGACGACGUCAAAGAGGAGCGUUACUCGCCGUGGGCUGCCGACAGGGAGCACAGCGCGAGGACCGAAUCCCCCGCCGGGGCCGACCCGCGGGACAUGUACAACGCCGAGCAGCUUGUUCCCGCUCCCGCCUCAUACCAGCCGUACAGGUUUCAUGAGUACGGGAAGUCUCCGUCUCCGUCCUCCAGCAUCGGCAGCAGCAACAGCGGAUCAGGACGCAGCAGCUUCGAGUCCAGAGUCCCCGACGUCGCCACCGUCCCCGAUCACGACUCCUCCAAGCCGCGCACGCACGAGGUCGGACCUUCGGCGUGCGGGCCUCAGCACCUCCCCGCUCCUCAGGACUACUCCGGCGUCCUCAACGUGACCAUGACCCAGGCCGGCAAGCCCGGCGUGAUCGGACACCACAUCUACAGCCCGUACGGCGCCGAGCAGCCUCUGGGCCAGUGGAGCGGCCCCGGUCCCGCUCAGUACCCGCCUCCUCACCACCUCGCCGCCGACUACACCACGCAAGCCGUGCACCACGGCUAUCACCACGGCAACAUGGCGGAGUGGAGCCAGUACCCGCUGUUCUCGUACUCGUGCUGGUGAAGAGACGCUCACGUUAAACUGCAGCUGAUCCGCCGCUCACAGGUGUGAGGUGAAAUGCAUGCUGGGACACGAGGCCGAGAUGGCCAGAGGUGACGACGACAGACGAACUGAAGGAAGACGGUCUGCUGCUCGACACGCGACGUGUGCUGCUCCAUGCUGAGUGUUUUACUGUCUAUUUAUUUUGUAUUUCAUCUCGUCUCCAAGUGAAAAUAUUAUUUUUGUAAAAGAAAAAAGAGAGAAGAGAAAAAAAUCAA